AGAGAGAGACGUAUUGACCAUGAGCAAGCAAAGGAAACUCCAAGGACCAUGACUUUGUCGGAGAUACGGACGUCAACACAAAACGGGCAGAGAUCGAAAGUUUUUUACUAUUUUUUUCCCCUCCUUCCCGUUAUUACAAUCCCCACCACCGGCGUCGGUGUUGCUUCCAUUGUAAACGCCUCUCUCUCUCUCUCUCUCUCUCUCUCUCUCUCUUCGUGUACGGAUGGUUCUGCAUCUGAGGAAUCCAUGAACCAAAUUCGAAUGCUUUAGUUGCAGAAAGCACCAAUCUUUGGGGGAAGAAAAAGAGGAAAGUUUGGUUCUUGCUUUGUGGGUUGGUGCUUUCUGCAUACAAUCUGUGUAUCGUCUGGGAAAAUGGAUCUGGGGAGAUUGUUGUUGGCAAUCGCGGCGGUGUUGAGUUUGACCCCGGUGGUUUGUGGGAAUGUGGUGUUCAAAGUUCAUAACAAGUUCAAGGGACGCGAAGACAGGAGUCUCACCGCCAUGAGAGCCCACGACGCUCGCCGCCACGGGAGGCUCCUCUCCGCCGUCGAUCUCCAUUUGGGCGGCAAUGGCCAUCCUUCUGAAACUGGGCUGUACUUCGCUAAAAUUGGGAUUGGAACUCCCUCAAAGGACUACUAUGUGCAGGUUGAUACAGGAAGCGACAUCUUGUGGGUGAAUUGUAUCGGCUGUGACAAGUGUCCAAGGAAAAGUGACCUUGGCAUAGAACUCUCACUUUAUGAUCCUAAGAGCUCAUCAACCGGAAACCUGGUGACGUGCGAUGAAGGGUUCUGCACUUCCACAUACAAUGGUCCCCUUCCAGGAUGCAGGCCGGAUCUGCUUUGCCAGUAUAAUGUGGUAUAUGGUGAUGGAAGCUCCACCGCUGGAUACUUUGUGAAGGAUUCUGUGCAGUUAGAUCAAGUGACUGGAAACCUUCAAACGUCAUCCACCAAUGGGAGUAUCACAUUUGGGUGUGGGGAUAAACAAUCUGGAGAGCUUGGCUCAUCCUCUGAAGCUCUAGACGGGAUUCUCGGUUUUGGACAAGCGAAUUCAUCCAUGCUUUCUCAGCUUGCUUCAUCAGGAAAGGUGAAAAAGAUUUUUGCACACUGCUUGGAUAGUGUAAAUGGUGGCGGAAUUUUUGCUAUUGGAGAUGUUAUGCAGCCAAAAGUCAACACUACUCCUUUGGUACCAAGCCAGCCGCAUUACAAUGUUAUUAUGAAGGAAGUUGAGGUGGGUGGUGAUGUUCUACCACUUCCGACAGAUGUAUUUGACAGUGGGGACGGGAAGGGAACAAUAAUUGACAGUGGCACAACUUUAGCCUAUCUUCCAGAUGAGGUUUAUAAGCAACUUAUGAAUGCGAUCAUGGCUAAGCAACCUGGACUGAAAUUACAUACUGUCGAGGAGCAAUUCUCUUGUUUCCAGUUUGUUGGAAGUGUUGACGAUGGAUUUCCGGUGGUCAAGUUUCAUUUUGCCGGUUCUCUGACUUUGACAGUUUAUCCUCAUGAUUACUUGUUCCAGAUCCGUGAAGAUGCUUGGUGUUUUGGUUGGAUGGACAGCGGGAUCCAAUCUAAGGAUGGAAAGGACAUGACCCUUCUGGGAGAUUUGGUGCUUUCAAAUAAACUGGUUUUGUAUAAUCUGGAGAAUCAGACAAUUGGAUGGACAGAGUACAACUGUUCUUCGAGCAUCAAGGUGAAGGAUAAUAGUGGAGCAGUGUAUUCUGUGGGUGCGCAUGACUUGAGUUCAAGUGCCACCCUUGUCAUUGGACGAGUAUUCUCGGUUUUUUCAUUGUUCGUAUAUAUGCUGCACAGUCUCCUAUAGCAGAUUAACAAGUUCAAAGUCUCAACCAAACAAAACAGAACGAUGCUUACAAACAAUCGCAAUUCUUUCUUACACUUUACUACCUCGGGUAACAGUUUUUUUACAAUUGUUUCAGGGUUGUACGAGGAUCUCUCUUCUGUAAAAUACUCUCUUGUUUAAAGGCAUUCACACUGCAUACCAAUUUGCUGAU